CCCCGGCUCCUCCCAACUCCCCUCUCCUCGGGGCUCCAGCUGUCCUCCAGACUCCGCUCUCAGCGCACCCCCGCCCGGGAGGCCACCUCCUUCCAGGCCUCACGCAGCAGGGUCACCCCGCAGGUGACAAAGCGGGGCGGGCGUGGUCGCCCAGCAACCGCAACCGGAGCGCCACACAACAGAAGCCUGGAGAGAGCGAGAAGAGGGGAGGUGGAGGGGAGCGACGCGGCGAGACGCAGCCUGAAGCCACCUUCUCCUAACUCUGUGUCAGGUGGGGCCGUGGGGGCGGGGACGGCGCUUUCCCCCACCGGCUGUCUGGUGCCAGCCCCUGUGCGCCAGCCACAUGGUACUAGAGAGGGAUCAGGGCUCCUGCUCGGCAGAUCCCCACCAGCCUGGUGUGCAGCCUGGAAGAGGGUUGUAUCUUGAAACAGGCCUAGGAAUUUGAGAUCAUGGCUACGCUGAGUCUCAAGCCAAGCCAGCGCUUCCAGCUGCCUGAAUGGAACACCAACACCUACUUGUUGUGCAGCAAUGCAGAGCAGCAGCGAGAAGCUUGCCAUCAGAUCCGCCAAGAGGCGCGAGUCCUCCGCAGUGAGACCAACAACCAGACUAUUUGGGAUGAACAUGACAAUAGUACGAGACUAUCAGAGAGGAUCGAGACUGUCAACCGAUGGAAGGAGAUGCUGGACAAAUGUCUUAUGGACUUGGAUGCUGAGAUUGACACCCUGAUACAGAUGAAGGAAUCAGCAGAUCAACACCUGCAGGCCAAAAACCUGCCUCUGGAUGUGGCCAUCGAGUGCCUAACCCUCCGGGAGAGUCGGCGAGACAUUGACUUGGUGAAGGACCCUGUGGAAGAUGAACUCCUUAAAGAGGUGGAGAUCAUUGAGGCCAGCAGGAAGGCCUUGCAACAGAAGGUCAAUGAGGCCUUCGAGCAGCUCUGUCUCCUGCAAGAUGUUCGACAGCAGCUCAGCUCUGACCAUCGGGGCAAAAUGGAGACCUUGGAGAUUGAUAGAGGUUGUCUCUCUCUCAACCUCACAUCCCCAAACAUCUCCCUGAAGGUCAACCCCACACGCAUCUCCAACAGCUCCCUCACACUCCAGCAGUGGGAUGACACCAGUCGGUUCAACAAGAAGCAUGCAGAGGCUGAGAUGAAAGCUGCUUCAGAGCUGAGGGAGGCCAUCAGCCUAACUAUUGUUCAGACCAACAAUGAACUCGAAGCCCAGAGAGUAGCUACAGAAUUUGCCUUCAGAAAGCGGCUGAAGGAGAUGGAGAGACUUUACAGUGAUCUCAAGUGGCAAGAGAAUAAUACUUUGGAAGAGAUUGAAGAGAUGAAGAAGGAUAUCCGGCACUUGGAGGAUGAUCUGCACAGAAAAAUGAUGAACCUGAAGCUGGUCCAUAGCCGGCUGGAAUCCAGAACCUUUCGGCCCAAUUUGGAGCUCUGCCGGGAUGAGGUACAGUAUGGCCUUAUUGAUGAGGUCCACCAGCUAGACACAACCAUUGCCAUAAUGAAGGAGAAGCUGGCUCAGACACUAGAUGCUCUGGAUACCCUGUACAAGCACCUGGCCCGACUGCAGGCUGCCAUUGCCUGUAAGGCCAACUCCAUGCUGCUGGACAAAAAGUGCUUGGACAUCCGACGGAAGCUGGUUGUGCCUACUGAGAAGUAUGUGCCCCAAGUGGACACCUUCACCCGGACCACAAACCGUGUCCUGAGUCCACUCAAAAUUGGCCACCUGCAGCUGACCUAGCAUUAGGAAACAAAGGAAG